AUGAUGUUUAAAGGCGAUUUUUUGGCGAUUUUACGGUUACUUUAUCUCUUCUCCACGAUCUUCAUUUCCGGGACGGUUGAAGACAUCGUGAAGCAGUUCCAUGGCGGUUUCCUCACCGCAAUCUACAUCUCCGUAGUGGUGAUCGUGUGCCACUAUGAUGUGUUACGGUUUCUCGACUCCUGGGAUCGAUGGGAGUAUAAAUCUAUACAGCCAGAUUUCAUUUUUCUUCAUCGAUUACCACACACUCUAUCAAUCUCUCUUUUCCGGCUAUAUUACUUCAAAUCUCAUUCCGAUUUGCUUUCAAUGGCGAACAACUUGCGCCGUGCUAUCCAAGAUCUGAAUCUUGGAAUUAAUGACGCUCCUGUGGCGUUACCGACGGAGGUCGUUUCUGAGGCUGCCCGUGUGAAUCAAUUCUCGCUGAUUGGCCGUGUGCUGAUUCCUCGCCGUAUCCCGAGUCAAUUCCUGUCUCGCAAUGUGAUUUUCCACAUUGGUGAUUCCUUGGGGCAUGUGGAUGUCAUCGAUUUCAAUCCGGAGAUAGCAGCAGCAGCGGAAUUCAUCCAUGCUAAGAUUCUUCUGAAUGUGAACCACCCGCUGUGUUUCCAGAGGAAUUUUCAAUUCACUCCGGGAGUCAACACUGUAAUCAAGUUCCGGUAUGAACGACUUUGUGGGUUUUGCGAAGAGUGUGGCAUGUUAACACAUGACACAGGGGAUUGUGUUCCUCAGGAGGACGGUCAAUCUCCGCCACAUGAUAAUGAUGAUGAUGGAGGAAGCGAUGAAAACCAGAUGGAGGAGGAGCAUAUUCAUAUCCCGGAUCCGGUGAUUCAACAACUCCAGGAACAAUAUCGCCAAGAAAAUGCCGAUGGAGAGAGAGAGGGUCAACAGGAAGAUGCACCAGAGGAUUACGAGGGUCUUGAGGAGUUCUCUUCUGCUGAAGACGCAUCACAAAUAGAGGUGGAUGUGAAUGCAACACGUAUGGAACCUGAUAGGAUGGAAGAUCAGGUGAUGAGGAAGAGACGCUUCGUUGACGCUUUGGUGGAGGAUAUGGAACGAGAGGAGGCACUCCGAGCUCAAGUGACUGCAAGUGAGGCACGUAGUGGCCAGCAACAACCUGAGGAAGAGGAUGAUGAUCAUAUCAUUCUGCAGUGGGAGAGUCGUAUGGAUAAUGAUGGGUCAUUCGAACAAUAUGGAAGCUUCAUGGGUUACAACGUUAUGCAAGAGUUGCAAGCAGAGCCGACACAGAAGAAGGCAUGGUUGAGUGGUGAAACUGAAGAGUCUGGAACUGCCGAGUGA